AUGGCACCCGCAAACAGGGCAUGGAUUCGCAGCAAGAUGGCCGCCAUCAAAAAGGCAUCGGGCAUUGCCUUCUCAGAGGAGAUCUUUCUCUCCAUCCUCAUCUGUCUGACUGCAAAAAACAAGCACCUCGUUCUUCAUACAACACCAGAGGCCGUGUCUGAACUCAAGAGUACCGCAGAGCAGCAUUGUGCGGUUGUGUUUGGACUGACAACAGCAACGAUCGUGUGCCAUGGACAUCAGACAAGGACAGACAUCAUUGGAGCCAUCACCGGUCGACAUGCCGACAUGGCCACCCACGCCAGCUACUCGACACCUUCGACCCAAUACCAGCACCCCAAUAGCAGCGCACACCACAGUCAUCAUAGUCACCACAAUCACCAACACACACCUUCAGGACAAUAUUAUCAAUACUCCAACCCAACAGACGAGUACUAUCAACGGAAUCCCAAGAUUCGGCUUGAGAAGUCACGGAGAUCGGUUGCGACUAACUAUUCAGAGGCGUCGGAUUUCAGUGUACGGCCGUCCGGGCAUAAUGUCGCACCGUCGAUCGCCUCUUUCAGGACUACAAAUGAGCGGGAUCAGGAUGCAGCCUCUAUCCAGAGGGUGGCGCAUCCAUUGAACGAUACGAGUGAAUACUCGUUUGGUGGUGGUGGUGUUGGUGGAGAUGAUGCCAGUUUCAAUCUGCGACAGUCAGAGUCUAGAUCGAAGAGUCCAGGGGAUGCCAUGGUGGAACAACUCGCGCACAGUCGGUCAAGGAAAUCAACCGCCAUGUCACCCACAGGAACAGACGGACUGGACUCGUUGACACCUCGGGACAGCAUCAGCAGGAGAACAGCACAGACUGCACAGUACCUACAAACGACAUCUCAUACUGGGGGAGGCGCCUCUACCGGCUCAAGCCAUGCACCUGUGACGCCAGUUGAUUUCACAUUUCCCAGGCGGCGACAUGAGAGUUUCUCGAAUGUUGGCGGAUAUGGCGGUGUUGGGGAGACGUCAGGAAUUACGUACAGUGGCCGGAAGAUUGCGCAGGCGAUCAUCUUGGAUGGACUGGAGAACUCCAGUCAGGAGGUGUUCUCUGUCCUUUUGGAGAUGAUUGUAAACAAGGAGAUCAAUGAUAGGAACCGAUACGUUCUUCCGGACCUCAUCAUCAUUGCUAUUUUCAACUCGCCCAACGUUCCGGAGAAUGUUCCCAAGCGAUUGCUGGACUACUUUGCGAUUAAUGGGACAUACCAUUUUUCGAUCCCUCAACCACCGCGGAUGCACGCCGUCCCCGCAAGGAAGCAUGCUCUGUUUCGGAGAACCGACUGGGAUGAAUUGUCAAAGAGGAUGAAGGCGGUAACGGUGUCGAAUGAUAUGACGCGCUAUAUUCGGGAUGUAAUUGUUGCGAUCCGGACACAUGAGGCUGUCUACGGCGGACUCACAGCCCGAGCAGCCCUGGACCUCGAGGCCAUCAUGAAAACAUUGGCCGCGAUCUUUCAGACGAAUUUUGUGACACCAGACCUGUUGACUAUUGCCGCCGAGAAGGUGUUCUCACACAGGAUAGAAUUGAGUGGUAGUAUCGGAGGCGAUUCGUUUGUUGAACACUCAUCGGAUUCUGAGGGUGGUUCGUCGCAUGCUAGAGGAGGAGGAAGUGGUGGUGAUGACGAUGGUGGAUCAGUUGUUGAUGGAAGGGGUGGUGAUGAUGAUGGUGGUGGGGCGAGUGAGGUUGCCGACGAGACGACAGCAGCUGAUGUUGUCCGAGAUGUCCUCCGCGUUGUCUAUCCUCCCAUUUAG